ACUCCCAUCAUCCCUGACUGUUGACGAAGGUGGCUAGGAAUGAUGGGAAUUGGAGUCCAAAGACAUCUGGCGGGCUGCGUUCCCCUCCCCCCGCCACAGGACCAAGGGAUACGACAUGCUUCCGUAGAAAGAGAGCUGAAGCGAGAAAGUAUCAUAGGCGCCGGGAGUGGAAGGGUUGGAACGGGGGGCUUGAAUCAGGAAUGAGACUGGAGGGUGACGCCAAUUUGGGCCUUCAUGAGUCGGGUGGGUGUUAGGCGUCUAAAGCAGUGCCUGCACGGGGAUCCCAACCCGCCUCUUGGCUCUGCCUUUCCCUUUCCCGAGGGGGUCGUCGUGCCUCAAGGCGAGGCCGAUUUCCGGGGUCUUCAAGGAGUCUGAGGCGGAGGGAGGCGGAGCUCCCGCUUCGUUUGAGGGGCGGAAUUCGGCGGCGGCGGCGGCGCUGCCAUGCGGAUUCGCGGAGGAAGCAGCCCCGCAGGGGAUCCUCGGCUGAAGCAUCGGAUUAAGCAGUACCUGAAGAGUAACAAAUGUGGCAAGUAUGUUGACAUUGGAGUUUUAGCUGCUGAGCUACAGAAGACAUACAGUGCUGAUUAUGGACGAAGAAAAAGAAAUGCCUUUAGAAUACAGGUAGAGAAAGUUUUUGGGAUAAUCAACGAUGAGCUGAAGUCUGAAGAUUUAGCUGCUCUAGAGGAUGAACAUCUGGCGAAGAAAGCAAGACGCAAAGGGGAGGAAGAUGAUUCAGAAAGCUGCAUGGAUACUUCGGACACUGACACAGGACUCCCACCCUCAAAUCACAUGAAUUCAUCUUUGUUGACCUUAUACCGGAAAGGAAAUCCAGAUUCUCUUCCAGCAUCUCCCAAGAGUUCGCAGACAAUGUCCAGCACUCCUUCACAGAAGCCUGGAUUGAAUAGGCUUCCCACUCAAGCGCCAUCAGAUACUAGGAUCUCAGAAGGUGGCUGGUUUAUUGAUAAAACCCCAGACAGGAAAGAGGAAAACUUUUUUAUCGACCUUUGUGCAGAAGAAAGCGAUGGUUCUAAACAGAUGGUUGAGGAUUCAAAAGACAUUUCCUUUCUGGAGAAACCCAAGAGGAAGAGAAGUAAAAGGAGGAACGAAUCUCAGGAAGUAGAUGAAGAAAUAGAAUCUGCUUUGAGAAAACAGAAGAUUAAACAGAAAGGGUUUGAGCUGAGAACUUCUUCCGUGAAGUUUGAGGAUAUAGGAGGCAAUGAUGACACUCUGAAGGAAGUGUGCAAGAUGCUGAUACAUAUCUGUCAUCCUGAAGUAUACAACUAUUUAGGAGCUGUUCCACCGCGAGGAUUUCUCUUGCAUGGACCACCAGGGUGUGGGAAGACGUUAUUAGCUCAGGCAAUCGCUGGGGAGCUUGAACUGCCAAUACUCAAAGUAGCUGCUACUGAGAUUGUGUCGGGAGUGUCAGGUGAAUCGGAACAGAAGCUAAGGGAACUGUUUGAGCAAGCUGUGGCCAAUGCUCCAUGCAUCCUCUUCAUAGAUGAAAUUGAUGCUAUCACACCCAAGAGAGAAGUUGCCUCAAAGGACAUGGAGCGGAGAAUUGUAGCGCAGCUUCUGACUUGCAUGGAUGACUUGAAUAAUCUGGCUACUGCUGCUCAGGUCCUAGUAAUUGGGGCAACCAACAGACCAGACUCACUGGACCCAGCUCUGCGACGUGCAGGAAGAUUUGAUCGAGAGAUUUGUUUGGGGAUUCCGGGUGAAGCAGCCAGAGAGAAAAUUCUGAAGACAUUGUGUCGAAAACUUAGAUUGCAGGAAUCUUUUGACUUUGGUCAUUUGGCUCAUUUGACCCCAGGCUACGUCGGUGCUGAUCUCAUGGCACUGUGCCGUGAAGCUGCAAUGUGCACUGUGAAUAGAGUUCUCAUUAAGCUGGAGAUGGAGCAGCACAAAGUCCUGAGAAGUAAUGAAAGGCCAUCUGGACAAGACAUGGAAAAGGAUACUGAAGAGCUUGUAAGACAGGUUAUCAAAGAGCCAGAUCUUCCCACUAUGGAUGAAUUGCAGAGGCUACUCCAGUUGCUAAAGGAACCGGACCCCCUUGGGGAAGAUCAGCUGCAAAAGCUAUGCAUUGAGUUGAAUGAUUUCAUUGUUGCGCUCUCUUCGGUGCAACCCUCUGCCAAGAGAGAAGGCUUUGUUACAGUCCCCGAUGUGACGUGGGCGGAUGUGGGCGCCCUGGAGGAUAUUCGGGAGGAGCUCACCAUGGCAAUACUGGCACCCGUGCGGAAUCCUGAGCAAUUCAGAGCCCUUGGCCUCUCGGCUCCAGCUGGUGUGCUGCUUGCUGGCCCUCCUGGUUGCGGCAAAACGCUACUUGCUAAGGCUGUGGCAAAUGAGUCUGGACUGAAUUUCAUAUCUGUGAAAGGCCCUGAACUGUUGAAUAUGUAUGUGGGGGAAAGCGAACGUGCUGUACGUCAGGUUUUCCAGCGUGCAAGGAAUUCGGCGCCUUGUGUCAUAUUCUUUGACGAAGUUGAUGCUUUGUGUCCCCGGAGAUCAGACCGUGAGUCGGGUGCCAGUGUCCGUGUAGUGAACCAGUUGCUAACAGAGAUGGAUGGCCUGGAAUCUCGUCGUCAGGUUUUCAUUAUGGCAGCCACCAACAGGCCAGAUAUUCUAGAUCCAGCUAUUUUGCGCCCAGGAAGACUGGAUAAAACACUCUACGUUGGUUUGCCACCACCUUUGGAUCGCCUUGCCAUUCUAAAGACUAUUACUAAAGGUGGAACCCGACCCCCGCUUGACACUGAUGUGGACCUUGAAGAAAUUGCUAAUAAUCCCUGCUGUGAUAGCUUUACGGGAGCAGAUCUUUCAGCUCUAGUGCGGGAGGCUUCUGUCUGUGCCCUGAAAGAGGAGAUGGCAGUGCUGAAUGCCACAGACAGGAAAGGAGAACUCAAGAUUGCCAGAAAACACUUCGAAGCAGCUUUCAAGAAAGUUAAAUCUUCUGUAUCGAGAAAGGACCAAAUAAUGUAUGAAGAGCUGCGCAAGUCACUGAGCAGGUGAUAGCUGGAUCAUCCCUAACACCCAACAUGUUGCUUAACCUGAGGACCUCUCCCAGUGGACUAUUUUCCAGAAGCAUCUUCAUGGAUUAGACUUAACCUUGGCUUUGCUUGCCUGCCAAUCUCAACAUUGCUGGACUCCGUUUCUGAGAGAAGUUCUAUCACGUUGUAUAGUAAUUAACAUUUGGCCACAACCUUUCAAACUGGUCUCCAGGAUAUGGCCAGAAGAUACAUGAUGUGGCCAUCCGGCUGAAGCUAAGCAGCCCUGGAUCUGGUCAGAAACCCCAUAUAUGCCAUGGAUUCUGUGAUGGAAGAAAGUGCAAGAUGUAAAUGUUGUUUUAAAAAUAUGCCACUAUGAGACAUUUUUUAGUGUCCUGCCUGUAAACUGAACCGGUUAAUACACAAAGAAGCAAUAGCAAGUCAACCUACCGCAUCAAGCCUAGCCCAGAUAGCAAGGAUGGGGGACCUGUGAUGCUCUAGAUGUUGGGGCUGUAGUUUCCAUCAGCCCCAGAGAGCAUGGCCAAUUUCCAGGGAUGGUGGGAGUUGUAAUCCGACAUUGGGCUGCAGGGUGGGCACAAGUUCUCUAUCCCCGUCUUACCCCACAGACAGGAAAACAGCCAGGCUGGUAAUAGGAGUAAUGUUACCAUGCCACCUACUACGCCCUUCCAAAAAAAAGUGGGCAGCAGGGCCCAGCUGAGGAGAGGGGAAAUUAUGCUGUUGGGCAAGCAGAAAUGCUUUCACUGGCAGACAAAUAUCCUUAAAACUACAUUGAAAACUUAAGGAAAAACAGCUUUUUCUCUGUGGGGAAGCUUCACGUUAUUUAAAGAAGUCUGCUUGUUUGCUUUCAAAAAUACCACAUUCUUUCCCAUACUAGUUUUAUGUGUAUUACUUAAAACAAGGGAAUAUUAGGAAAAAUUGGGUGCAGUGGGCUGAAGAAGCAAGACUAAAGCCAAGCGCCUGUAGGAUCUGUCAUUUGAUCCACCCAUGACCAAUCCAGACAAUGCAAAGGAGAUCCUCACAGCAGUGUACAAGGACUUUUAGAUAGCAACCAUUAAUCAGCUGCAUAGGUGUCCUAAGAACAUGGCUUUAUUAUUGCAAAAUCUUCUGCUUCCCACACAUAGAAAGCACACAGACUUUGCUUUUCCAUGUGGUCUGGUGUGAAAGUCAGAUAUGAUUGGAUUUUUUAAAAAUGCAUUUGUUUUCAAGCAUCAGCAAAACAGUAAAACAAAAAAAGUUAAUCGAGAAUAAAUAAUACAGAGCUUGUAUUACAGAGAAACAGCCAUCUGUAAUGUGUUCCUCAAAGAGGUUCAGUGUUCAGUUCAGGAUGCAUUUCCAUAGAUUACUGGGUGUUAAGGAAUGCAUCCAUAUUCCAAUGUAUUUGUGUACAUAAUAAAGCACAUUUCAUAAAAACUG